AGGUCAGCACUUUCUUCAAUCAGUCAUCAUGAAUGCACUGGCAGACACAGCCGUGUUUUUUGGAAAAUUUCUAUAUUACUUUUUAGAAUCUGUAGUCUUCAAGAUCAUUCCUAAAAGGAAAAAGGAUGUUUCUGGAGAGAUCGUACUUAUAACAGGAGCUGGAAGUGGACUUGGAAGGCUUCUGGCCAUGCAUUUCGCCAGCCAUGGGGCCAUUUUAGUUCUCUGGGAUAUUAAUCAAGAAGGCAACAUGGAAACAUGUAGAUUGGCCAAAGAGAAAGGAGAUGUGAAAGUCUUUGCCUACAAGUGUGACUGCAGCAACAGGAAAGAGGUGUACAGGGUCGCCGACCAGGUUAAAGAAGAAGUUGGUGACGUCACCAUUCUCAUUAAUAAUGCAGGUGUUGUUACAGGGAAGCCUUUCCUUGAUAUUCCAGAUCACAUGGUGGAAAGAUCAUUUCUUGUCAAUGCCCUCUCUCAUUUCUGGACAUGUAAGGCCUUCCUUCCUGCCAUGAUUAAGGCUGACCAUGGUCACCUGGUCUGUAUUUCAAGCAUUGCAGGACUAGUGGGCACUAAUAGUCUCUCAGAUUAUUCUUCAAGCAAAUUUGCAGCCUUUGGCUUUGCCGAGUCCCUCUUCAUUGAAUUAGCUAUGCUAAAAAAAUCUAAAGUUAAAAGCACCAUCGUUUGCCCGUAUUUCAUCAAAACUGGAAUGUUUGAAGGUUGUGCAACCAAGUAUCCCCUUCUGCUACCUCUACUGGAACAGGAGUAUGUGGCUCAGAAAGUUUUCAAUGCUAUCUUAGAGGAACAAGUUUACCUCCUCAUACCCAAGUUUUCGUAUUUUGCAUUGUUUCUCAAACAAAUAAUAUCUCCAAAAAUGAUGAUUGCCCUUGGUGAGUACCUUGGCAUGGACACCUGUAUGACGUCAUUCAAAGGGAAAAUAAAAGCAGAAGAACUACAGGCUGGAACAGAAAGGAAACAGCAAUAGCCCAUGUCUCAAAUA